UACCGCGGCAUCGAGAGCGCUCGCAGCACGACCGCCCCGUUGCCCGCGAUCUGGGAAAACCGUGUCGUUCUCGCCCAGACCCUCUCACGCUGGGGUAUAAAGAGAGCCAAAGCAGGACGACGAUUGUGCGAGGCUAGCUUGUCUUCUGCCUCGUCUGAGCCGCAUCAUGCGUCUCGCUGUGUUGCUCUCGUCCCUCGUGGCGUAUGCGUCGGCUGGUGUGCCCUUAGCACUUGGCGGUGGCUCGCUCGACGGUGGUGCUUUACUAGGCGGUGGCCUCGGACAAGCAGCGACAUUGGGCGACGGCCUGGGCACAGCAGCUCUGGGCCACCUCGGUGGUUUAGGCGGCAUUGCCGGCGUCGGUAGUCUUCAUGGCCUGGGUGCUGGAGGGCUAGGUACCCCCGGCCAAGGAGUCAGUACACUCAAUCUUGGCGGCCUCGGAGGUCUAGGAGCUCUCGGAGGCCUAGGAGCCCUCGGAGGCCUAGGGACCCUUGGAGGUGGAGGACCAUUGCUGGCUACCGGUCCAACCGUGGUGGGAGUGGUGAAUUCUGCAGCGACUCCAGUGUCUGUUACGGCCGGACCGGCAACAGUUUCGAGUCCGGUCAAUAUCAAUGGUCCAGUGGCGACUCCUGUGGCAUCUGUAACAUACGUCAAACAGCCAGUUAUUAAGCUUCGCUAUGUGACCAGGCCCGUCACCGCUUACGUGAGGCAGCCAGUCGCAACUCUGACGCACACCAUAAGGAAGAUCGUCAACUACAACACGGUCGGAUCCCUGUUAGGAAUCGGAGGCCCUGGCGAAUUGGAUAUCGGUAGGGCUCUUGGUGGUGGUGACGGAUUGAGCGGAGGUGACGGAGGUGACGGAGGUGACGGAGGGGAUGGAGGUGAUGGAGGCAACAGAGAUAAUGGUGGAGGCUUCAGUGGUGGUAGCAGUGGCGGAAGUGGUGGCGGAAAUGGUGGCGGUGAUGGCUUCAGUGGCGGCAGUGGUGGAGGCGGUGGUGCUGGAGGCUUUGGAGGUGGUAACAGUGGCAGUAGCUUUACUGGUGGUAACGGUGGUGGAGGAUUCGCUGGAGGUCAUGGUGCUGGUGCACACAUCACCGGAGGAAGUGGAGGUAUCUCUAGAGGUCCCGCCCCAAGCGGUGGCUUUUCUGGCGGUAAUGGUGGCGCAGGAGACUUUUCUGGAGGAUAUGGUGGUGCUAGUAGCGGUGGUGGCUAUGGUGGUGCCAGUAGCGGUGGCGGCUAUGGUGGAAGUGGUGGUAGUAGAGGCUUUGGAGGGACCAGUGGCGGGGGCUUUGGGGGAAGCGGUAGUGGUAGGGGCUUUGGAGGAAGCACUGGCGGGGGCUUCAGUAGCAGCCACAGAAGCUCCGGUGGUGGUGGAUUCGGACCUGCACUUGAAGGUGGAUUCAAGCCCAUGCGGAUUGCAGGACGAGGACCAUCCUUCAAUGUGUAUAGAAAAAGUAACUACUGAGCCCUCAGUAUUAGGUCACCCAUGUAACAAAAAUUGUGGCGAGCUGCUCCUACGUGCAGCUUGCCUUCAAGAAGUUUAUCCAAAGGAGCCAUUGCAAAAGUCACCCACCAGCCACAAGCUACUUGAGGAAUGCAUGCAUCAGUGCGUGUCAUGUGGUUCCCUUCUCUGUACAAUACUUCCUCUCGCACUCAUCAAUUUGCCACCAUUGUGUUUCGCAAAGCAUGCUUUUUUUGCUGUAUAAAGCUAUCAAAUAAAUUUGCUUGUGACAAUUGUUA